CUUGUGGUGCUGUCUGGUGUGUGGGAGCCGCUGAAAUGGAGAAAGGCGUUUCGGAGACUUUGCCGCGAAGCUCGUCGUUCUCCUAAGGUUGGAACUACAAUAUUUAAUUUGAGCCUGCAGUAAUGGGUAGAACUUACAUUGUUGAGGAAGCUGUUGGGCAGUAUCUUUCAGACCUCAGCACAAAACUAAAGCCGUAUGUCACAGGGCUGUUAAUUGGACAGUGUUCCUCACAAAGAGAUUAUGUAAUUCGGGCUGUUCGAACACCUCCAAAUGAAGAGCAAAAUGAAAUCAAUCUAAAUCCUUCAAAAUUGGCAUCCAUUGAUGAAGAAUGGGUAACUGCACAUGCCAGCCAGGUUUCUAGAAUGCUUCCUGGAGGCUUGUUAGUUCUUGGUGUAUUUAUUAUUGCAGCUCCAGAACUGGCAAAAGAUAGUCAAAAUGCUUUGCGCAAGCUAAUCUUCUCAGUGGAAAAGUCUGUAACUAAAAGACGGCUCUGGAAACCUGCUGAGGAGGAGGUCUUGGAUAGAGCAGCUCUUCAAGUUUGUUCUGCUACAAAGAAAAUAGUUUGCCGAACCUAUGAUGUACAAGAUCCAAAGUGUACAGCUAAACCUGCAGAUUGGAAAUACCAGAGUGCUCUGUCUGCUUGCUGGCUAACUUUGGAUUGCACAGUGAAUGUUAAUAUUCACAUUCCACUUCUUGCUACUUCACCCAACCAUGACCUGGAGAAGAAUACCAGGAAUGGAUUAAAUCGAUGGUCAAAACAGAUUGAGGACAGCGUUUUUCUGAUCAACGGGCAAGUUAAAGAUUAUGAUGCAGAACUCCUGGAAGGCCUGAAAAAGUUAAGAGGAAAUACUCAGUCCAGCACUCAGUUUUCUGAUGUCAAGGUUCUGACACAGCUGUCCCAGGGUUCAAGUCGUAGAUCAACAGCUACAGUGCAGGUCUGCAGUGGUUCUAUAAAUCUCAAAGGUGCUGUGAAAUGCAGAGCCUACAUCCAUAACAACAAGCCAAAAGUUAAGGAAGCUAUUCAGGCUUUGAAAAGAGACAUAAUAAACACAUUGAGUGAUCGCUGUGAAAUACUGUUUGAAGAUCUCAUUAUAAAUGAAGGACUUGACAAAAAAAAUUUUGAGAGGGAAUAUCGUGUCUUACCUCAAAGACUAUUUGUUCCUGUUCCUGGAUCCAGUGUGAUGCUCAGUGAUUACAAGUUUCGCGAUGAGGCCGCUGAAGAAAUUCAAGAACGUUUUGUUGAAAUGUUGGAUCAAGCUGUGGAAGCUGAAGAUAUACAUAUAGCAGAGGAAGCUAAUACAGUUGAUAUUUGUCCACUUACUGACAACAUGGAUGACACACAACAGAAACAACUGACAAAAGCAACAUUGCUGUUGAAACUUCAACAAAACAUGGGUGUGGUAAUAGCAGCUGCAGUUGCAGUCUUUGCAUCAAUCUUCUCUUUUAACUACUUCAGUGACUAAACUCAAGCAAAAGGAGCCUCAUGGAAACAUUGACCAGUAAUCACGCUUAUACAAGAUGGAAGCAUCUGGGUUUAAUAUAUUAGUAAUUAAGGAUCGUUGCCUAAAUAUCACCGGUUAGGUGUGCAAUAUAAAUUAUAAUGAUACGUCCAGUUACCUUGUUCCGGCAUGCAGUUACUGUAGGUGAAUCAAGUUUACAAGAAACUAACUCUUGUCAUUUGUGCAAAUGAUGGUAAAAUAGUAUUAUAAUCCAGUAAGAGCCCUUACAUCAAUAUAGAACUUCUAUUUUCUUCCUACACAUUAUGUGAUGUAAAAUGCUACUACUGUUUUUUUAGGCUGUUACUAAGGCUAGCAGAGUUACCUAGUAUGACAAUUCUUGCUUUAGAGAUUUCUUUGCAAAUUGUUCAUUUAACUAACAGAAAUCUCAUCUCAUUGAAGUUAAUCGGGGCAGAAGUUUAGACUUCACAAUGUCAACAUUUCGCUGUAUAGAUUGUUUAAGGUACCUAUUGUGCCAGUUAACCAAUACUAUCAAAUAGUUUGUUAGUUUCAAGAUUCCCUUUAGACCAAUUUAGACUGUAAAAAACCUUAGUUCAAGACAUGGAGGACCCAGAAAUCAAUAGAAUGUGUAAAUUUCACUCAGGUUAAUUUCUGAUAAGGAUUUCUUUGUCCAUGUGAUUCAAUCAUCAUCUUUCUCUUAGAAUAUUAAAUAUUUCAGCAACAACUAUAUCUAGGCAGUUUUAGCAGAUCACUUAAUAUCACUGCAAGUUUUAAAAACUCUGAGUAACAAUUUUGAAAAUGCAGACAAGUUACCCAGGAGAAUAUUUCAUAAUGGAAAUGUGUGUUAGGAGGUAACAUUGUCCUCUUGCAGUGAGGAGAGAGGAAGGAGGGAAGUUUUCUGAUAAGGUUAACAAAGAUAAUUCAUGCAUGAAAUGAAUUCUUUGGAUCUGAAUUACAAUAGAAUAUAGUUCCAUAUUCCAGGAGACUUUAAUGCCACCACAAAUUUUUUGCUUUAGUGUAAAGGCACUGGAACACUAAAAAUACAAACCAUUAGGUUCUACAGCAUAAUCAAGUAUGUAUUGGAAUACUUUUAAUAAAAGGCAACUAUGAGAAAAA